AUGUCCCUCCCCACUCAAUUCAAGCUCAACACAGGAAACCAGAUACCCGCUGUGGGACUUGGCACUUGGAGAUCUGAGCCUGGCGAGGUGCGCAAAGCAGUAUCCUUCGCCCUCAAGAAUGGAUAUAGUCACAUUGACGCAGCAUUAAUCUACGGAAACGAGCACGAAGUCGGUCAGGGCAUCAAGGAUAGCGGUGUUCCUCGAGAGAACAUUUUCAUUACCAGCAAGCUGUGGAAUACCUAUCAUCCCAGGGCUGCGGAAGGUCUUCAAAAAACGCUAGAUGCUUUGGGCUUAGACUAUCUGGAUCUAUAUGUAACUAUGUCCUUGCAUCUUCUGAUUUCGAGAAAAUGCGAUCCGAUGUCCAAAGCUAACAUGAAAAUCAGCUUAUCCACUGGCCAGUCCGACUUGUUCCUCGCACUUUUACCAGUGAACCCCGAUGGCACACGAUCCGUCGACCGAUCCUGGGACCAGAGCGAGACAUGGCGUCAGAUGGAGGAGCUAUACAAGGCCGGAAAAGUGAAGGCGAUUGGCGUGGCGAACUGGUCAAUUCCAUAUCUUGAGGAGCUGAAGAAGAAGUGGACCAUUGUCCCUGCCGUGAACCAAGCCGAGUUACACCCAUUUCUUCCUCAGCACGCAUUGAAGGAGUGGUGUGACAAGCAUGGAAUUCUCCUUGAGGCGUAUUCACCACUCGGAUCCGAAGGUGCUCCGCUUAUGUCCGACCCUGCAAUCCAGGAGAUCGCUAAGAAGAAUGAUGUUUCACCCACCACUGUUCUCAUCAGCUACCAUGUCAACAGGGGUACCGUUGUACUACCAAAGUCCAUUAAAGAAAGUCGCAUUGUGAGCAACAGUCAAGUCAUUUCUCUCUCGGACGAGGAUAUGAAUUUGUUGAAUGGCCUCGCUGCUCAAGGAAAGGCUAAGCGGAUCAAUACGCCUCUGUUUGGAUGGGAUCUUGGCUUCGAUGACUGGUACAAGCAGUGA